CCUUUCUUCCUUAUUUACACCUUCAAAGCUUUGCUCUCUUAUAAUCUUCUUCACAGUUUCAACUUUCAUGCAUGACCUAGUUCCACAUCUCCCUUUCUUCAUCAUUUCACCAUAAAACGAAAUCACUGAAAACUCUUUCAUUUUUUGUUUUCAUUAUAACUUUUGUUAUGGCUUCCAUGAACAACUGGUUAGCCUUUUCUUUAUCACCACAAGAACCUGUUGAUCAUCAUCAUCAAUCUCAAACCACAGUUUCCCGUCUCGGUUUCAACUCUGAUGGUAUCUCCGGUACCGAUGUCUCAGGCGAAUGCUUCGAUCUCGCUGGAGACUCAUCGGUUCCUUCUCUUAAUCUACCUCCACCUUUUGGCAUACUUGAAGCUUUCAAUAGAAACAGCAAUCAACCCCAAGAUUGGAACAUGAAAGGCUCAGAGCUUUCAAUGGUGAUGGGUGGUAGUUCAUGCAAUACCCAAGAACCAAAGCUUGAAAACUUCCUUGGAAACCAUGGCUGCCACACCAUGUACGAUACAACCACCGGCCAAUACCCUCUUUACACCGCCACUACCGCAAGAACAGCCAAUGGAGGAGGUGAUGAGGAUAACAGUACAAACAACAACACUAACCUUACUCACGGAGCCAGUAAUAGUAAUACCAAUAGCGGCAACUCCAUAGGUUUAUCCAUGAUCAAAACCUGGUUAAGAAACCAACCUGCACCACCACAAGUCGAGACUAAAAACAACGGUGGUGGAGGCAGCGGCGGAGGUGGCGCAUCGCAGUCUUUGUCUCUUUCGAUGAGCACUGGUGGCGGCGGCGGUGGAAGCGGUGGAGAGAGUUCUUCCUCCGACAACAAGAAAACACCACCACAACCACCGUCAACAGGUGUAGAAAUCACCCAAACCGGCACCAAUGAAGCGGUGGCAAGGAAAUCUAUCGACACUUUUGGCCAAAGAACUUCCAUAUACCGUGGUGUAACCAGACAUAGAUGGACAGGUAGAUAUGAAGCUCAUUUAUGGGAUAAUAGUUGCAGAAGAGAAGGACAAAGUCGUAAAGGAAGACAAGUUUAUUUGGGAGGGUAUGACAAAGAAGAAAAAGCAGCUAGGGCUUAUGAUUUAGCAGCUUUGAAGUAUUGGGGUACUACUACAACAACUAAUUUUCCUAUUAGCAACUAUGAAAAAGAGUUGGAAGAGAUGAAACACAUGACAAGGCAGGAGUAUGUUGCUUCACUGCGAAGAAAGAGUAGUGGAUUUUCUCGAGGAGCUUCCAUGUAUAGAGGUGUUACAAGGCACCAUCAACAUGGAAGAUGGCAAGCUAGGAUUGGAAGAGUUGCUGGAAAUAAAGAUCUUUACUUGGGAACUUUCAGUACACAAGAAGAGGCAGCAGAAGCCUAUGACAUUGCAGCCAUAAAAUUCCGAGGACUGAAUGCGGUAACCAACUUCGAUAUGAGUCGAUAUGACGUCAAGAGCAUACUAGAAAGCAGUCAAUUACCGAUCGGUGGCGCUGCCAAACGAUUGAAAGACGUUGAGCAAGCGGAAAUGGCUAUGGAUAUGGUACAUAGGUCGGACGGUGACAACAUUAAUACGCAUUUACCCGACGGAAUCAACACUUACGGUACAUCAGGAUGGCCUACCAUAGCAUAUCAACAAGCUCAACCUUUCAGCAUGCAUUACCCUUACGGACAACGAAUUUGGUGCAAACAAGAACAAGAUUCCGACCCCGAUCACGCCUUCCACGAUCUCCAUCAACUCCAACUAGGAAGCACCCACAAUUUCUUCCAACCAUCCGUGUUACACAACCUAAUGGCCAUGGAAUCUUCCUCAAUGGAACAUAGCUCCGGCUCUAAUACCAACUCGGUCAUCUACAACAACACCGUAAGCGACGGUGCCGGGUACGGAGGAUACGCUAUCCCUUUAGGAACAGUCAUUCCUACUGAUACCAACCAAAACCAAAGCAAUGAUUUCGGAGACAACAGCAACAACGAAGUGAAAGCACUCGGGUACGAAAAUGUGUACACAUCAUCGACUGAUCCAUAUCAUUCUAGGAACAUGUACUACCUUUCGCAACAAUCAUCAUCAUCGACAAGUCAAGCCUCACCAUGCAACAAUUGGGUGCCCACGGCAGUUCCCACCAUUGCACAAAGGUCAAGCAAUAUGGCUGUAUGCCAUGGAACCCCAACAUUCACAGUAUGGAAUGAUACAUAAAAAGUGGGAUAUUAUAUAUGUAUGGGCCAUUUUUUUUUUGUUCUUAACUAAUUGACCCUUUUUGGUUCAUAGCUAUUGGUUUGUUUUUAAUCUAACCUUUUGCAGCAUAUGAUAAAUUUAGAUUUAAAUUAUAGGGGUCCAAAAUCUGAUGUUUUUAGCAAUAGCAUUAAUUUGCUAUUGAAUUUUGGGGGGGAAAAAUAUCAGGUUAGGUUAUGAUAGGGAUCCUCGGAUAGUUUAUAUAAAUACCAGGCUUUGUAAUUCUGAAUAACAUUUGUUUAUCAGUUUAUCUAAUUAUGAUACAAAGAAUGGCAUUUUGUUC